CAACCGCACACGGCGGGCGGGCGGAGGGCGGCCCCGGCAGCGCCGCGAUCAGGUGGCAGCACCGAGCCCGAGCCCGGCCGCUGCCCGGCGGAUAAAAGUGCCGCCCGCCGCGGGACGGCCGCCAGCCGAGCGGAGCCGCCGAGGAGCCGCGUGACUAAGCGGAGGAAGCACUUGCUAUCCUUGCACUACCGGGCCAGACAAUCCUUCCCUCGGCUGCAGAUCCCUCUGGAUCCCUUCCCAUAAUGGAGGUGUGAGUGCCAAGAUCCUCCAUGACCUCCAGAAGCCACAACUCCUUGCCGAGAACUCUGAUGGCUCCACGAAUGCUUUCCGAAGGUGCUCUGGGGGGCAUUGCCCAAAUCACCCCCUCGCUGUACCUGAGCCGGGGCAGCGUCGCCUCCAACCGGCACCUGCUCCUGUCCCGAGGGAUCACCUGCAUAAUCAACGCAACCAUCGAGAUCCCCAACUUCAAUUGGCCCCAGUUUGAAUAUGUCAAAGUGCCUUUGGCUGACAUGCCCAACGCCCCCAUCUCCUUGUACUUCGACAGCGUUGCCGACAAGAUCAACAGCGUGGCACGGAAGCACGGGGCCACCUUGGUCCACUGCGCGGCCGGCGUGAGCAGGUCAGCCACCCUGUGCAUCGCCUACCUGAUGAAGUACCAUAAGGUGUCCCUCUUCGAGGCUUACAACUGGGUCAAAUCAAGACGCCCUGUUAUACGCCCCAACGUGGGCUUCUGGAGGCAACUGAUAGACUACGAGAGGAAGCUGUUUGGGAAGACAACGGUUAAAAUGGUACAGACACCAUAUGGCAUCAUCCCAGACGUUUACGAGAGAGAGAGGAGACCCCUGAUGCCUUACUGGGGAAUUUAAUGUGACUGCAGACGGGAAGCACAGCAGAAGGGACAUGCUGUUCCAAGUCGACCAGACUGGAGAUGUUCCCUUCUCUUUCUACAGCCAACUUUGGUUCUUUACCAUACAGCAGAACCUCAACUAAUUUUCACCUCACUAACCCGCAAGGCCAACAGUUCCCUUCGAAGCAUUUCUCUCUACAGGGAUUCCCCCAUCCCAUUUUUCUCUGAUUUAGCAGAAUGAGAUCUUCUUAUAAGUUUAUUCCUUUCAUAAAGCCUCCCUCUCUUUUUAGUCAGUUUAUUAGUAUCCUAUGAGGAAAGGCCUACGAGGCGUUCGGCAGAAUUAAUGAACAAAGUGCGCUUUGUGAUGCGGUAGCCUGGAUAUUUCUUUAAUAGCUUGUUUGCUUCCUUGCAGAAUCCUGUAGUGGUUUGGGAGCAGCACUGGCACCACAGGGAAGUCCAGCUCUAACAGCAUGGCUUCCAGGAGCAGGGAGGAGGUAGUGCAGGGUUGUGUUGCUAGUGCUGGUGUUUUCUUUAACAUCUGUAGUGACUCUCAGUAUAUAGUGUUUGAGAUCUUUAGUCGGCUCUUAAUCUGUAUUAAAAGUCAAAAAGAAUGAAGUCAGUCCGUGUCAGGCACAAGUGAAAUAAAAUUUGACUGAUUGGAAUCAAGUAAAUACCAAGCCCUUCUUCACUCAUUCCAUGCCAGGGCAAUAGUCCUGGAAUACACCGACACUUCUGAAAAGUACUGCUGGUGUUCCGUGGGUGGAAAGGAAACACAAUUUGUGAACGUGUGGCUCAAAGCAGCAGCAGGAGGUUAACCCUUCCCUUCCCACCACACAGCCAAGGGGAUGUUUAGGAAACGCUGUGUGCGUGGCCACCUUCCUAAAGGGCUGAGUUGCAUUUCCUAACAUUCAGACAAGCAGUGGACUGGAAGUAGGUACACCCACUGGAGUACUUUGCUCUAGAUGUCGUGAUCUGCCUUAGCCCAUUUCUCAAACACUUCAUUAUGUCCUCAAGGUUAUGUUGCAUUCUAGAAUUGUUCUGCACAAAAAGGCGAUCUGUUUCACCUCCGGACGGGGAUGGCGGUACGGAAAAGGCUUUGCCUCGCUCCGUUCGUGAUGAGAAAGAUUCCAACUGGAGACGUGGGAGAAACCUGUCUGUGGCACAGCUGCUGCCUCCUGGGCACCGCUGCCCUCCCCGCAGAUGGAGCAAGACCUUCCUGUCCUCUGCUGCAUCCCUGCCGGAUGAGUACGCAGAUUGCUGGAUGCUGAGAGAGCUAUCUGAUUUAAAUGAGAUUCUAUACUUGUAAAAAAAAAAUCAAUAAAGAGUAAACUAGAA